CGCUGAUCGAUCAACAAAACUUUCUUCGCGAAUAUCGAAUCAGCGCUUGCUUCUUUCUGUUUUUGAUCUUUGAGCUUGAGUGAUAUCUUGCUCAUGUGAUUUUAGAUUUGUUAGAUUGUUCACCUGCUCACUGCAUGAUUGAGGUCUUUCAGCUUUGAUUAUGAUAAUGCUGGUCGUGGAUGUUACUUCAUCCACUGGCUCUAGAUGUGUGUAGACUUGAACAUUUUUGAACAUUUUGUUAGUAUAAUUUCCAUUCAUUGACUUCUACAACUUGCUUAGGCCAGUUAUGGAUAUCUCCGCCAGCCAACCCAUUGGUUCUGUCAAAAUGGGCUCGAAAGCUAAUAAGCCCCCUGUCCCUGUACAGUCAACAGGACCAGCUAGACGCAAUAUGAACCGAGUGGAAAAGCCCAGUGAAGAGCAAGAAGAAAUCAGCAAAAUGGCGGCACAAGGUGUAGCAGAAACGUUGAGCCGUGAAGUGUUUUCAUCGUACAGCAACAGCCUCCCAGCUAUACCCCAUGCCUGCCCUCACCCCGGGAAGAUUGUGGAGGCAGCUUCGCUUGCUGCACAGCCACUGCCGCCUGCUACUUAUCCACUAUGCGACUCUUUGCCAGAGGAGCUAAUCAAGUCCGGUCGCCUCAGUGCUUUGCAGCUGGAAGGCAUUUUGUACGCUUGCCAACGCCAUCAAGUGCUGCUUCCAAGUGGGCACCGGGCAGGUUUCUUCAUCGGUGAUGGUGCUGGUGUGGGUAAAGGUAGACAGAUUGCAGGCAUUAUUCUUGACAACUACAUAAGAAAUCGCCGCCGUCAUAUCUGGUUCAGUAUAUCAGGUGAUCUGUGCCUGGAUGCCCAGCGUGAUGUAACCGACUUGGGAUGCUACUUGAAAGUAAUCAGUGGCUGCCAGCAACUGGAUAAGGAGACAAGAGCGUUUGGUCUGCCAUCGGACUUCAAGGAAGGCAUCGUCUUCAGUACAUAUGCCACGCUGGUAUCGUCAGUCGCUAAAGGCAGUUCAGCACUUAACUCUAAGCAGCAGACUCGUCUUGAGCAGCUCAUUUCCUGGUGUGGUGGCAAGGACUUUGAGGGCUGUCUGAUUUUCGACGAGUGCCACAAGGCAAAGUACUACACGCCGGACAACGAGAAAGCAAGCACUAAAGUCGCUGUUGCUGUUGCUUCUAUCCAGAGGCUUCUUCCGCGAGCUCGUGUGGUGUACUGCAGUGCUACUGGUAUCACCGAUGUUAAAGAUAUGGCAUUCAUGGAGCGUCUCGGUCUCUGGGGUCUGGGAACACCGUUCAAAGCAUUUGAUGUGUUCCUGGACACGAUACAGAAGCGAGGUCUUGGAGCGGCUGAGAUGGUUGCCAUGGAAAUGAAGAACACCGGCAUCUAUGUAUCUCGUGGCCUGAGCUUCUGCGACGCUGAGUUUGAGAAUCUGGAGCGAGAUCUCAACAAAGAGCAGCGUGCUAUCUAUGACCAGUCAGCUCAUGUAUGGAAUGAAUUGAGGAGUGCUAUUGGUUUUGCCUUCUCUCGGACCAAGACGCCAGUGAAACGCAUGUGGUCUCUGUUCUGGUCCGCACAUCAGCGGUUCUUCAAGCAACUAUGCCUUAGCAUGAAGGUCCCGUCCAUUGUGAAGGAAGCCAAGAAAGCAUUGCAAGAUGGCUAUGCUAUUGUCAUUGGGCUUCAAACAACGGGUGAAGCCAGUUUGACAGCUGAAUUGGGUAGACCGACUACCGAGGGCGUUAUCCUCGAAGAUUUCAUUUCACUCACCAAGGAGAUGUUGACUCGGUUCAUUGUCAACAAUUUCCCAACGCAGAUUCAGACCGAAAGUGGUCCGGCCGAUGAUGACCCAUGGAGCGCUGAGUCCAAAGCCAUGUUACUCAAGCAUGUCAAGGGAAUGUCGCUGCCCCAGAGUCCUCUGGACGAUCUCAUCGACCAGCUCGGCGGGCCCAGUGCGGUGGCGGAGAUGACUGGGCGGCGUGCACGUGUGGUGCGCUGUGUGUCCAGGAAAGGGCAGAGCGAGAUACGCUAUGAAUCUCGCGAGACUCUAACCGGUGUCGGCUUGACGUCAGCUUCCAGUGCAGUAGACAGUCUCAAUAUCAGAGAGCGAAAGGCUUUCAUGGAUGGUGACAAGAAGGUUGCAAUCAUUUCUGAUGCCGCCAGCACGGGAAUUUCACUUCAUGCUGAUAUGGCAGUGGCCAAUCAACAUAGACGUGUUCACCUGACGUUUGAGCUGGCAUGGAGUGCUGACAAGGCUGUUCAGCAGCUUGGCCGGUCACAUCGUUCCAAUCAAAGCAGUGCACCCAUCUAUCGCCUUCUCACCACAAAUCUCGGUGGGGAGCGCAGGUUUGCUGCAGCAGUUGCCAAGCGACUUCAGAGUUUAGGUGCUCUGACGAAGGGUGACAGGCGAGCAGCAUCUGGUAGUGACUUGACUGAGUUCAAUCUUGACACGGCAUACGGUCGAUCCGCUUUGAGGCAAAUGUACAAUGCGAUAUGCCGGGGCGAAAUCUGUACUGGUGUUUCCUUCUCAGAGCUUGAUACUGACGGAGAUUCCGAGGACAGUGCGUCAUUUGCUGCUUGGAACAAAUCCAUGCAGGGCUGCCUGGAGUCGAUGGGCUUAGUCCAGAACAUUGCUACUGGUGGCGUUGUCCGUGACAAGGAGAACACCGAUGUAUCCCGCUUCCUCAACCGUAUCCUUGGCUUGAAAGUGCAGGAACAGAACCAGAUCUUUUCGUACUUUACUGCCUGUCUUGGUAAGGCAAUUGAAGCAGCAAAGAAGGAUGGAACGUAUUCAGAGGGUGUGACUGAUAUCCAGGCUAGUUCAAUUCAGUUGGCCUGUCAGCCUCGCCAUGUCUUCACUGAGGUGCAACGGCCAGUUACUGCCAUUACUACACUGACAGUUGUGAAUGUCGACCGUGGCAUAUCCUGGGAAGAUGCUCUGAAGCGUUAUGAACGUAAGCAAGGUGACCAUGAUGGCUUCUAUGUGUCGAAACGUGAACAGAAAGGCAAACAUCUGUACUUGCUCGCCAUGCAGAAAGAAAGGUCACCACAUCUCAUGUUUGUGACACGACCGAACACAGGCACUUCUCAGUUUGAAGAGGAAAGAGUAGACAUUCUGCAGCGCUACAUACGUGCUUCUCCAGACAAAGUUGAGUCUGGCUGGAGAAAGCAAUAUGAGCACACACUAGAUCGCUGCAUCCACUCUGACUGCAAGCUCGGAUCCUCUUGCAAAGUGGGUUGUCGUAUGUCGCGAGUUGGACUUCUGUCAGGUGGGAUCAUAUCACUAUGGUCAGCGUUGGAAACUACCAUGAAUCGAUACAUUGGAAAGCUGGAAUUGAGUAAAGGAGAGAAAUCCUUGAGAGUAGUGCGUGUACAGCUGGAUGAUGGCCAGCGUUUGAUUGGACUGCGCUACCCAGAGGACUUGAUUCCUAUGGUGGUGGACUACUUUCUCAGGGACACUGUACAGAAUCGAUUUACUGGUGCGCAGGCAGCCACCCAAGCAGCCGCAGCGCCGUCACAAACACAAGUCAUUUCUGAUGAUGUCUCGUUGUCACAGUUAUCUGCUACCCAGCUGCUGGCCUCACAGCCACCUGUGACAGUGCAGAGUGCUAGCCAAGCAGCCAAUGCAUCCGGAAAAGACUCAGCUGCUGCUACAUCAUCAGGCGCUCCACAAGCACACAUUGAGCCAUGCGGUGCGGUGUCUCAGUUUUGCCUGCAAAGGGCUAUGAAUCCACCCCCGUCCAUUCGCUCCUUUUUCAAACCCAAGACGGUGGCAAAGUGCACUCAAGCCACAUCCACAGUUGACCCAGUGCCUCAAGAUGCUGGUGUGCAAGUUGCGGUCAAAGUCGAUGGUGAGGGAUGCAGCUCUGCAAGUGCAUCGGCACCAGAGUGUUCCAGAACUGCUUGCAGAUCAGUUGUAAAUCGUGCUGCAAUAGCGGCGGACUGCAACAAGGAUACUGAUGAUUGUGUUAUUACCAUGUCCAGCCCUAGGCAGCAAGUCGUGUCUCCAGCUGUUCUUAUCACCGCACAUAAAACCAAACACUCCGGUGCAUCAGCGGCAGCUCCACCAAAGCGGCACAAACAGUCUUCGUUGAGCUCUGCUUUUGGCAGAGCACCAUCGCUCAGCAAGAAGAAGCGAGAGGUGGCAUCUAACACCGCAAGCAGUGAUGGCAACAGUGGUGGUGGCGGCGGUGGGGGUGGUAGUGGCAGCGGAGGAGAAGAAGCCCGUGGGUCUAGCAGCACCAGUGUGAUGGAUGGCGGUGGUACUUGUCCGGUUUGUCAGCGCACAUUUCCACCUCAGUAUAACAACACUGCUCUGAAUGUGCACAUUGACAAGUGCUUGAAGUUACAAACAUGACAGCGCCACUACUAAUACUUCAGUGCUCGCUCCAGUGCCUACUCCACCCAUUGCUCUUCUCUGCAGCAUGUCUGACGAUGUCAUGGCUGGCAUCGUGUGUGUAUACAGGUGUGCGUGUGUGUGCGUGUGUGUGUGUGUUUUUUUUAAUUAAUUUUAACUUUUUUGCUAGCGCCACCGUGCAUGUGUGUGCGAAUGUGUGGGCGUGUGUGUUCUUAAUAGAGACCUGCAUCCUGUGCUGUAAUGCUUUCAGCAGGAAUGCAGAACAGAUUUUUUUAUUUUUUUAUUUUUACAUAUUUUCGUUUUUACUUUUAGAGCACGGCAACGUUGAUGUCUCUUGUGGCAGUGGCUGCAGUCCCGUGGCAUUACUGCUCAUAUCAAAACACAUAAAUAUCAUGAGACCACACUGGCUUAUAGAAACUGUGAGCAAGUCAAAGCUGGCCUUUGCUUGCUCAUUUCAUCCACCAUCGUGAUCUGAUCAUCCGCUUUCCAAUACUGUACCUGCCUCAUCUUCUACAGAGACAGUUGUAAAAGACUCAGCGCACCAUGGUUCUAUGCCGCACUGUUUGUUGGCUGGCCUGCUUUCCAUGUCACACGUGUGUUUGCUGUGUGCUUGUUUUCAGCCUAUUUAAAGUACAUCCUAUUCACUUUCACGCCUUUCUCUCCUUCGAGAAUCCAGUAGUUUGCAUUGACCGAUU